CCUCAGACAACAUACACGAUUGCUUUGGAUCAUGGCGGGAAGGGCCUAUGACGCUGAGUCCAAAAGACAUCUUCUUUCCGGUUAUUCAUCGCUUGCGCAUUUUAUCGCGACCGAUCAUGACAAGACAACCUUCAUUUACAAGCGCUUCGAUGAGCUCGCAGCGCGAAAUUUGUUAUAUCUGCAGAGUGAACUCGCCGAGCUACAAGGCAAACAGCAGACAUUCGAUGAAGAGGAUCUGAGCGCAGCCAUGGAGACGAAGCAAUGCGCGCGCAACUACGCGGAUUUCGAAAGAGCGGCAGCUCACGAUGGCAAUACGAAACAGAAAGAGCGCAUGGAGCUGAUGUUACAGAUUCGACAGACGAUGAAAGAAUAUCGCGAAGCCUUAUUUCUAGGGACCACAUUAGCAUCUCAACCGCGGCCUUCAAAAAGGGUCUUACGUGGGUUCCGGACCGAGUUCUACAACGAAUGGCCCGAUAAGUCAAAAAGCUUUCCUUCAUUGGGGGGUCGCAGCGCCGGACUUUACGAUGACGUCGAUGAUCUCGUCGCGUUGAAAGCGCAGGAAAACCAGGACCGGCUCACCACCUUUGCGCAGGAGCACCUAGGAUUUCUAUUUCCCGAUCGUCGUUCCCGCUCUCGGGAAGGAAUCGCCUACGCGUCAGAUCGCGCCAUUAGCUCCUUCAUAGCGUGGUUCAGCACCAUCCUGGCCGCAUUGCUAUUGAUAGGCGCCAUCGUUGUGCUAUACAACGUUCAGUCGUCGAACUGGAGGUUGGGUCUGAUAGCAGCUUUUACGUGCCUGUUUGCUGGCAGCGUCGGGCUGCUCACGAAUGCGAGACGGGCGGAGCUGUUUGGUGCUACUGCAGCAUAUGCAGCCGUGCUUGUGGUAUUUGUGAGCGGGAAUUUGGGCAGUACGAGCCUUCCACCGGGAUAG